AUGGCCGCUCAAAACAUCGACAUCUCUUCCGAUCAGUACAAUCACAUCAAGAGUGUCCCUCGCCCAAAAAUCCUCAACACUAUCUUGGAUAACAUUGGUCAAACACCUUUGGUCCGGAUAAACAAGAUUGGCAAGGAAGAGGGUCUCAAGUGUGAACUUUUGGCCAAGUGCGAGUUUUUCAAUGCUGGUGGUUCAGUCAAGGAUCGUAUUGCCAAGCGCAUGAUUGAAGAAGCCGAAGCCUCUGGUUUGAUCAAGCCUGGAGUCAGCACCAUCAUUGAACCUACUUCUGGCAACACUGGUAUUGGUUUGGCACUUGCUGCUGCUGUCAAGGGUUAUCGUGUGAUUAUCACUUUGCCCGAAAAGAUGUCUCAAGAAAAGGUUGAUGUUCUCAAGGCUCUUGGUGCUGAGAUUAUUCGUACUCCCACUGAAGCUGCUUGGGACGCUCCCGAAUCCCAUAUCGGUGUUGCUCGCAAGCUUCGUGACGAAAUCCCUCACGCUGUCAUCCUUGACCAAUAUGGCAAUCCUUACAAUCCCGUUGCUCACUAUGAUACCACCGCUGAGGAAAUCUUGGAGGCAUGUGAUGGCAAGCUUGAUAUGUUGGUUGCUGGUGCAGGUACUGGUGGUACCAUCUCUGGUAUCGCUAAAAAGAUCAAGGAAAAGUGCCCCAAUGUCAAGAUUGUUGGUGUUGAUCCCCAUGGUUCUAUCCUUGCUCAACCCGAAUCUCUCAACACAGCUACUGGUGGUUACCAGGUCGAAGGUAUCGGCUACGAUUUCAUUCCUGAGGUUUUGAAUCGUGGUUUGGUGGAUGAGUGGUUCAAGUCAGAAGACAAGGCUUCGUUUUUGAUGGCUCGUCGUCUCAUUCGUGAGGAAGGUAUUCUUUGUGGUGGUUCUUCUGGUACUGCCAUGUCUGCUGCUGUUCAAGUUGCAAAGGGCUUGUCUGAAGGCCAACGUUGUGUUGUCAUUCUUCCCGAUUCGGUCCGCAAUUAUAUGACCAAGUUCCUUAACGACGACUGGAUGCGUGAGCGUGGCUUUACGGAUGAAAAGUUUGAGGAGCAAAGCUUUGAAAAGAAGGCUGAAAAGGACUAUGCUGGUGCCACUGUUGCUGAUCUCAAGUUGAAGGCUGCUGUAACCACUGAUAGCGAGACCUCUUGCAAGGAAGCUAUUGGCAUUAUGGAAAAGAAUGGCUUCGAUCAGCUCCCUGUUACUGCAGGCCCCAACCGCCGCAUGAAGGGUCUUGUUACCAUGGGCAACAUCCUUUCUCGUAUUGCAUCCGGUCGUGCUGAUAUGUCUACCCCCGUUUCCAAGCUCAUGUUCCACUUUGAUUUGCAUUCCAAAAAGUUUGAGGAAAUCACUGUCAACACCCAUUUGGAUCAAUUGACUCGUUUCUUUGAGACCAACUCUAGCGCUCUUGUUACCGAGCGUACCGAAGACGGCGUUCAAGUCAAGCAUGUUGUCACCAAGGUGGACCUUCUUGCUUACCUCGUCAAGAAAGCAUAG